AUGGACGGUCUACGAAGGAGCUUGAAUAAGAUUACGGCUUUGCCAAUGACGCAAGUGGUGGCGGUAGCUGGCGAGCCGGUGUACUUGCCGUGCGACAUCGCGUCGCAGGACGAAGACGAUGCGGUGCUGUUGGUUCUCUGGUACAGGGAAGACUUGGGCACGCCUAUUUACAGUGUCGAUGCUCGAGAACGCGACUUCGGAGUAGCAGAACGCUGGUCAGACGAGAGUGUGUUCGCAUCCCGCGCGUACUUCCUGCCUGAACGAAGACCUGCGGAGCUGGGAGUGGACAGAGUGAGAGCCUCUGACCAGGGAGUGUACCGCUGCAGGGUGGACUUCAAACAGGCCCAAACAAGAAAUUCCAGGGUUAAUCUUACUGUUAUUGUUCCGCCUAACAAGAUGGUGAUCACCGACGACAAAGGUGAUGUGAAACAAGCGAUUGUCGGACCGUACGUGGAAGGGGACACUUUUACUCUCAAAUGUGAUGUUUCUGGAGGUCGUCCCAGGCCGUGGGUGAAGUGGUACAGAGAUGAAGUUGAAACUGAUACUCCAGCAACAGCGCUAUCAGGGAACGGAGUCCGAGGGGUGCUCCGAGUAGGUCCUCUCACCAGAGCUGACGUCCGAGCCGCGUUGACCUGCCGAGCGUCAAACCAUCCACGGGCUCAUCCUAUAGAAACCACACUUACGUUAGAUAUGAAUUUUCCACCGUUAACAGUCCACAUAUUAGGUUCAAAUCAACCCUUAUCAGCGAGUAGAAGAUAUGAUCUGUUAUGUCAAAGUUCAGGGUCUAGACCUCCAGCCUCGAUCACAUGGUGGAAAAAUGGCCAUAGGAUAAACAACGCAAAAGAAACGUUAUCAACAGACGGAAACACAACGACUUCAACAGUAUCUCUUCAAUUGACCAAGGCUGAUGCUGGGGCCAAACUGGCUUGCAGAGCGUCCAACCCUCAGAUGCCUUCGGUACCAGCUUUAGAAGACGACUGGACUUUGGACAUACAAUAUGUGCCAGAAACAGUAGUUAGAUUAGGAACUAAUUUAGACCCAAAGAACAUUCGAGAAGGUACCGACGUCUACUUCGACUGCAUUAUCAAGGCUCAUCCAUACGUCUACAAAGUCGAAUGGAGACAUAAUAGCAAAACUCUCCUCCACAACGUGGGCCAAGGGGUCAUCAUCAGCAACCAAUCGCUGGUCCUCCAGGGGGUGGGCAGGAAGACAGCUGGCAACUACACCUGCGUCGGGUUCAAUGCUGAGGGAGACGGCGAGAGCAAGCCGUUCACGCUUGAUGUACUUUACGCGCCAACCUGCAGGAGUUCCCAGCAGCGAGUCCACGGAGUUGCUAAACAGGAGCGUGCUCACAUCACGUGUCAUGUCGACGCUAACCCGCCAGAAGUAACCUUUCGCUGGACCUUCAACAACACAGCCAACAGUAACGAAGUGAGUGAGACGUACGUCUCUCGGGCUGGCACCAGCUCGACCGUAACCUAUACUCCUCAUACGGAGAUGGACUAUGGUACCUUGCUGUGCUGGGCCCAUAACCGCAUCGGGAAGCAACGGGUCCCGUGCGUCUAUCAUAUUAUUGCUGCUGGUCGACCGGAUCAAGUCCACAACUGCACAGUGGUGAACGCAUCUCUGACUUCAUUUGGAGUUCGAUGCUCGGAAGGAUUCAAUGGUGGUCUUCCACAGUCUUUCCUGCUUGAAGUGCGGGAAAUAGUAACUCAGGAAAUAGUAGCCAACGUCUCGAGUGCAGUACCCAGGUUUACUGCAGUGGGACUGGCACCAGGCAGGACUUACGCUGCAGCAGUUCUGGCCUAUAAUGCUAAGGGCCGAGGAGACCCUUACCCCUUGAGAGCUGGGACUUUAAGGCCACCAGAGAAACACCAUGUUCAUGAUAAGAGUUUGGAUCUUCCAAGAACCGCCUUCCAAAUGUCAGGGGCGAUGUCUGCGGCUGUAGGUGGCGGCGGAGUGCUCAUGGUAGUGCUGGUACUCUUCAUGAUAGCGGUGAGGCAGCGGUGUGCGAAGCGGAAGCCAAGGUCGGCUCCUCCACCAUCCUCCCAACCAGCGUCACCAGAUAAGCUAAGAGAGAAGGACGACAGUGAAAGUGAUGAUAGAAACCCUGAUAUCAUACCCUCGGAUACUGAUCAGAUGCAGAUGGACUACUAUCGGCAGCAGCAAGUGUCUACCAUCUCCCCUCCCCUGGGCGGGCGGCCUCGAGGCAGCGUCGCCGGUGUGCGUGGAGGACUGCCUGCGUACUGUCCGCUGCGAACCGCCCCACCGCCUUCUCACCCCCUGCAUGAGCAGACUAACGCGUCGUCUGGCAUCCCCCCGCCGGCGCGGUUCGCGAGCGGCUCGUGCACGCUGCCGCGCGGCUCGAGCGUGAGCGGCGCGGGCGAGGCGCGCUGCGGCAUCCCGCUGCAGCACCUGCGCACGCUGCCGCGCCCGCUGCCCGCGUCCGCGCCCGCGCACGCGCCCGCCCCCGCGCACGCCCACGCGCCCGCGCCCGCGCCGCGAGUGCCUCCCCGCGACACCCCGCUCUGA